GUUGGCUCGUCUCUCCAAGUUUUCUUUAGCGGAUUUUAUUUAAGUAAUUUUCAGUGAUGAGCGGAUGCCUGACCUGUGGACUAUUGAGGCUACUAUGGUGUUGGUUGGAGGAUUUGUCCUGCCGAUUGCAGGACAGCAAUCUACUCAAGUUGAUCGUGGCUAUUAUAGUGGCUCUUUUGGUGCUGUUUAAUAUUUCCACGGGAUUAAGCUUGGCCAACAGUUGUGAUGAGAGUUCGCAGGAAAGUUUGGAAGAUGGAUCUGGAGAUGCUUGCGAAGAUUCUUUGGAAGGUUCUUCCUCCAGUUUGCAGUGCACUCGUCUCGGUUCACCAGAAACUUAUGAUUACGGUUGGAUUAGAGGUCCUCAUACUUGGGAGACACCUUGCAACAAUCAGAGUCCCAUUAACAUAGAGCUCAAUAGAUUGGAGAUCAACUACUUUGAUGCUCCCCUGAUAUGGUCCAAUUAUAAUGAAGUUCCUCUAGGAAUUCGUUUGGAGAACAAUGGACACACUCUGAUCCUUCGAGCUGCUUUUCCUGGUUCGCCACCUGCAAUUGAUGGAGGAGAUUUGCUGGGACGCUUUGACUUCCGGGAAAUCACCUUCCGCUGGAGCUGGAGCAACUCAUCGGGUUCGGAGCACACGAUUGACCAUCGGCACAGUCCACUGGAGAUGCAGUGCCUCCACAUCGACACCGAUCGAAGUGGCUGCACCUCCAGUCAGCGCAUCCUGAUGAUAUCCUACAUGUUCAAUUACACCGACGAUAAUCCGUUCCUCGACGUUCUCGUCCAGCAUUUGGUGGCAGUUCAGCUGGCAGGUCAGGUGGUGGAAGUUCCCCCCUUCCCGCUGAGCUACCUCAUGCCGGCCUUCUACGACAAGUUCUACAGCUACCACGGAUCCCUCACGGAACCCCCGUGUCAUCGGGGAGCCGAGUGGCUGAUGCAUCCCGUUCCGUUGGCCAUCAGCGAACGACAGCUGAACGAGUUCCGUCAAUUGAGGGACAGGCAGGGGGCUCGAAUUGGACGCAAUGCUCGCCCCGUUCAGCCACUCGAGGAUCGGACGGUCUUCCUCAACCGCUUCCGAACUGGGGAUUAAGUUAAAAAACAAAAGUGUUAAAUUUAAAUUUGUUAAGUUAGUUGUGACCUCUUAUAUUUGCAUUUUUUAAAUUUUACCUUCACCAUUUUACAAGGUUUAUUUUUUGUAUAACAUAUUUAAGGCCUGAUAAAAUUUUAUAUGUAGGUACACCUAUUUAGUAAUGGAAAUGAAUAUUCGAAG